AUGGACGACUUUAUAAACGGGGAUAGAGAAUUAAAACAAAAAGCAUGGAAUCUUCAUUUUGCCAACAGAAGAACGAAUAAUAAACUUAAAUUAACGAAAAAGAAAAAUAAGAAAUACGUGGUUAAAUGGGUUAAGCAAAAAGACAAAGAGGAGCUAUUCGAAAGAUGGACGAAAACUACAGUUCCAAAUGAGAAAUACAACUCAGAAGAUAAUCAAAUGGAGAGUGUAAAAAUUAACAGAGAAAGCUUGCCAGACAUAGAUAUAUACCCCGAAACAAAACAAACUAGAAGAAGCUACAGAUUAAAUUUACAGAACAUUCUUAAUGUAAAUGCUUCCAAGAAGAACUAUAUAGACCCCUCUAGCGACUUGAGAACAAAACGGAGGGCAAAAAAGAAGACAAUGAUUAACCGUAUAAAGGCAUGUUCACUUUACGCUUGUAUUUAUCCGGCGCAUCUCAUUUUUCUUUUCAUUUUUUUUUUAGUUUAUCUUUUUUUCCUUAUUUUUCUCUUUUCCUUCAGUGCCUUAUUCCUUUACUUGUCCUUUUGGAAUAAGUACAUACGGGAACAAAAAAAAUUUUUUUGCAUAAAAAAGACUUUUUACGCAUCAUUUAAUUUUUUAAAAUAA